AUGGCAUCAACAUCUAGCCCAUCAGAGACCAAAGAACCGAGAGAAAAUGCUGAUUCAUCAAGUACGUCUACCGCAAGGCGGACACCUUCCCUCAGGACAGCUGUUUCAAAUGCCGCAGAUACGCCACCUAAAAUAUUGACAAAUAACAAUAGACCGCAAACCGUAACCAUUCAGCAACCAGUGCCACAGGACCAAAGUUCAAACGUUCCGACUCGAAAUCCGAGCGUAUCUUUCAAUCAAACUGAAUCUCAAGAAAGAUUGCGAAGAUUCACUAUUUCGUCACAGCCUUCAUCUACAAAUGUAGCUGCUACGCAAGAGAACAACUACCCUGGUGGUGCACCGCCUCAGCACCCACCAUCAAACACCCCAUCCAGACAAACAUCUUUGAAAAGGAAAAAGGCGGAGAAUGAGGCUCUUUCGUUUAGCGCAAAGCCAUCAGCAGCUCCUAUCAGGGAGCCUACCCCAAAGUUUGACGAAAAUGUUCCCGCUCGGUUCAACACCCCAAGUCCCACACAUGCGGAACACUACACACCAACCUCGACGCUAUCACCAAACACAAACAGUGCUGUGCCAAUAAAGAUAACAGGCACUGGAAGCAACAAUUCUUCUCGAAGAAACUCUUUGAAAAAAGCAGGUAAGACUAUUGUUGCGUCUCCAGUGGGCCCUCCUGUACCAUUUCAAGAGUAUUUAUCCAAAGAGGACGACGGAAAGUUCCAUAUCUUGUUAGCAUGUACUGGAUCUGUUGCUACUAUCAAAAUUCCCUUGAUUAUUGACAAGUUGUUUCAGUUAUUCGGCACGUCCAAGAUUUCGAUUCAGUUGAUUGUGACUAAAGCCGCCAGUCAUUUUUUGAAAGGUUCGAAAAUCAAUGCUGAUGUCAAGAUAUGGCGAGACGAAGAUGAGUGGGCAAAUUACAACGAAGCCACCACGAUCAGCUCAACGCAGACACAGAAUCAAUCCACAAAACCAAAGAGUCCAUUUGACAAGUUGAUUCUUCACAAUGAAUUGCGAAAAUGGGCAGAUAUCAUGUUGGUGGCACCAUUAUCGGCAAACACAUUGGCCAAAAUUUCCAACGGAAUUGCCGACAACUUGCUUACAUCAAUAAUUCGAUCGUGGGCACCAUCAACGUCUCAACAAACUAAGAAGCCAAUUAUUGUAGCUCCUGCAAUGAACACAUUCAUGUACACACACCCAAUGACCUCGAAACAGAUAGCCACAAUCAGUUCGCCUGACUUUGGAAUUGAAGUGCUAAAACCAGUUGAGAAAGUGUUGGUUUGUGGCGAUAUUGGAAUGGGUGGAAUGAGGGACUGGGUGGAUGUGGUGGAUAUAUUGAGACGUAGAAUAUUGGCAAUAGAGGCUGAGAGUAAGGAGGUAAGCGAUAGAAGCGCUGCAAUUGAGGAGGAAGGGGAAGAAGACGAUGAGGAUGGAGAUGACGAAGGCGUCGACGAUGAGGAAGAGGAGGAGGAUGAAGAUGAAGAUGAAGAUGAAGAUGAAGAUGAAGAUGAAGAUGAAGAUGAAGAUGAAGAUGACGAUGAUGAUGACGAUGAUGAUGACGAUGAUGACGAUAAUGACGGCGGUGACAAUGACCAGAAUGCUACCAAAGUGAAGGACGUUAAGGGCGAGAAAGGAUCAAGCUUAGCUGCAACAUCUUCAUUACAACCAGUUGACGAAUUGGAGCUUGGCCACGACGAAGAUGGAAAUGAAGAGAUGAUAUUCGAAAUCACUGAUCAGGACAUCAGUGACGGCGAGGACAAGUCCAACUCUAAUUUGUCACCCACUUCUUCACACCGUCAUCAGAAAAUCACAAUACCAAAGGAAACUCAAAACAUUAUUUGA